AUGAUUGAAAGUUCUGUAUUAUUAGAAAGUGAAUUACAAAAUAAAUGGGAUGGAAGCGAAAUUAGAUUUAGCAUCGGCGCUAAGACCAACCCAGUCAACAGUAAAUAGCAUGUUUUAUAAUAGAAAAGAUCUUUUAUCGAAGACGAAGGAACUGGUAGUGAAACAUCUGAAGAAAUUUCUCAUAACGAGAUUCCAGAAACUUGGUUACCAUCUUCUUGGAGAUCUUAUCCUGCAUUGUAGUAACCAGUUUAUGAAAAUACAAAUUUGUUAAGCUAGCAAUUGUAAAUGAUUAAUGAAAUGCCUUCAAUAGUCAGUGUUAAUGAGAUUGAGAGUCUCUAAGCUGACCUAAGACAGGUAGAAACAGGCAGUGCAUUCUUUAUUUAGAUGGGAGAUUGUGCUGAACGCUUUGCAGAAAUGAACAAUUCAUUUAUGGAAAAAAAAAUAAAAGCAAUUACUGCAGCUUCUAGAAUUUUCGCAAAUAUGCUCAAUAAGAAAUGCGUUAAAAUAGGAAGAAUUGCUGGAUAAUUUGCUAAACCUCGUUCUUAAGAAUUUGAAAAAUUGCCUGAUGGUACUUUGCAAUACAAUUAUCGCGGUGACAAUGUAAAUAGUUUAGAAUCUAGAAAACCCGAUCCAUUAAGAUUAAGUUAAGGCUACUUCCAUUCAGUAGCUGCUAUGAAUUUUAUCAGAGCACAGUAGAAGCACAUCAUGCAUAAUAAACUUAAUAUUCAAUAAUUAUUAGAAGAAAAAAGUUACCCAUAGAAAUAGCAGAUCAGCGCUGAGCAGUAGCAAAAAUUGAAUGAUAAUUAGAUAGAAGCUAUUGAAAAUGUAAAUUUAAAUAAUGAUGACUUGUAUAUCUCACAUGAAGGAUUACUCUUAAAUUAUGAAGAAGCUAUGACCAAAAAAUACAACAAUAAGUAUUACAAUACAAGCACUCAUUUGUUGUGGAUGGGAGAAAGAACUCGCCAACUUGAUGGUGCUCAUGUCAACUUUUUUAGUGGAAUAUAAAACCCUAUCGCUGUUAAAGUUGGACCAACUACUGAUGGAAAAAUACUAAAAUAGCUAGUUAAUAAAUUAAAUCCAUAGAAUUUAUAGGGGAGAUUGAUAAUAAUUUGUAGAAUGGGCAAUAAAAACAUUUCAAAUGUUUUGCCUACUUUAGUUCAAGCAAAAAAAGAAUAUAACCUCAACUUCAUUUGGAGUUGUGAUCCUAUGCAUGGAAAUACUUUUUCUACAAACGAAAACAUCAAAACAAGAAGUGUAAAAGACAUACUUGAAGAAUUAACUAAAUUUGCAACUAUAUUGCACGAAAAUAAAGAAAAUAUAGGUGGUAUUCAUUUGGAGACUUCACCUAACCAAGUUACCGAGUGUCUAGGCUUGGAAAUAGAAGAUCAAGAUUUAAAUAUUUGCUAUACAAGCGCAUGCGAUCCUCGUUUAAACAUUUCCCAAACUCUAUACAUAACCUACUAAUUCGCUCUACUUCUUCAAUCUCUUUAUAAUAAAAAAAAUACUGGAUAUACACCAGAAUUAGAUAAUUGA